AUGGCAAAAAAGAAGAAGGCGCAAAUGCUCUUUAAAUUAGUUAGCUCAGCAGCAACUGGAUUCUAAUACAUAGGCGAGAAAAACAUUAAACAUGCAGCAAGAAAAAUGAUGCUGCGCAAAUUCGACCCAAUUGUCAACAGAUACGUAUUGUUCACAGAGGCAAAACUUAAGAAAUGA